GACGCUUGAAUUUUCAUAACACUGAGAGAGCGAGAGAAGGACGGAUAUACACCGUUUCAUCUGUGUAUCUACCACCUCCUCAAGAGAAAUGGCACUCAAGUUACACGGUGAAUCCAUUUCCACGUGCACCUCACGUGCUAUGUUUUGUCUACAUGAGAAAGGCGUCGAUUUCGAGCUGGUUCCGGUCAAUCUCAUGGUCGGAGAGCACAAGCAGCCUCCCUACCUCGCCACCAAAAACCCGUUCGGUCAGAUCCCCGCAUUCGAGGACGGCGAUCUUACUCUCUUUGAAUCACGCGCAAUCAGUAGGUACAUAGCGACCAAGUACAAAGCGCAGGGUACAGAUCUUCUGAGACAAGACAACCUCAAGGAAUUUGGAUUAGUUGAGGUGUGGUUGGAAGUGGAAUCCCAGGCAUUCAAUCCUCCAAUCUCAGCCAUUGUUUAUCAGAUCUCCAUCAGUCCAAUGCUUGGCGGGACCACCAAUGACCAGGUGGUGGAGGCGAAUGUAGAGAAGCUAGCCAAGGUUCUUGAUAUCUAUGAAGAGAGGCUGUCUAAAAGCAAGUACUUAGCUGGGGAUUUCUUCAGUUUAGCUGAUCUGCAUCACAUCCCAUACAUGCAUUACUUCAUGAGGACUCCUAAAGCUUCUCUCGUUACCUCACGCCCGCAUGUGAAGGCCUGGUGGGACAGCAUUUCAUCGCGGCCCGCCAUCAAGAAAGUCACGGCGGGUAUGAACUUUGCAUGAACGGAUUAGAUUUUGAAGGGUGGUUUUCGGAUUGAAAUAAAAGGAUGAGGAUAUCAUCCUUAUAGUUACAUUUUCAUCUAUUGGAUUAGAUAUUAAUAUCUGUUUUCUUAGAGUUAUUAUCUACUGUAAUACAGCAUUUUCGUUGAUUAUAUUGCUCACAAGUGUUGAUGGUGUGGA